GUUGGGAAAUCAUGUUUAUUGUUACAGUUUACAGACAAGAGGUUUCAACCAGUCCACGAUCUCACUAUUGGUGUAGAAUUUGGGGCUCGAAUGAUCACUAUUGAUGGAAAACAGAUAAAGCUUCAGAUAUGGGAUACGGCAGGGCAGGAGUCCUUCCGUUCCAUUACACGGUCAUACUACAGAGGGGCAGCAGGGGCUUUACUAGUCUAUGACAUUACAAGGAGGGACACUUUCAACCACUUGACAACUUGGUUAGAAGAUGCUCGUCAGCAUUCCAAUUCCAACAUGGUUAUAAUGCUUAUUGGAAAUAAAAGUGAUUUAGAAUCUAGACGAGAAGUCAAGAAAGAGGAAGGUGAAGCAUUUGCACGAGAGCACGGACUUAUCUUUAUGGAGACAUCUGCCAAAACUGCUUCCAAUGUAGAGGAGGCAUUUAUUAACACUGCAAAGGAGAUCUAUGAGAAGAUUCAGGAAGGAGUUUUUGACAUUAAUAAUGAGGCAAAUGGCAUAAAAAUUGGCCCUCAACAUGCUGCUACUAACGCAACACUUGCAGGCAGUCAGGGAGGACAACAAGCUGGCGGAGGCUGCUGUUGAGCCCGUUUUUACUUUCUAGUUGCCUGGAUGGGGCCUACUAACUCGUUUGUUCACCCCUCCCUCCCCCCGCCCCGCUCGCCUCCACCUCAAUCAGCUGAGACAUGAAACUUGUAAGUUGGUUUCCUGUUGCAGAAGAAGACUUUAUCCUUCAAAUUCUUGUAUAACUUUGAAUAAAUGGUUAAUGUUCACUUAAAGACAGAUUUUGGAGAUUGUAUUCAUAUCUAUUUACAUUUGAUUUCUAGGUCAAUUGAUGUGAUUAUUUUUGUUAAAUGUUGUCUUGUGCCCUUGACUACGAACUGAAUUGUAUUAAACACUACGAAGUCAUCUGAGUAUUUUAAUCAGUUGGUGUAGUUAGGUUUCCCAGCUCCUGCGGUUACCUAAUGUUUAAUAUUGUAGAGCUGUCCUCAAGUUUUUUGUCAAUUUUCAAGGCUAUAAAGAGAAGCGGAAGGACUCUUUUAAUUCUGUAUUUAUCACUUUCUGUAUAUAUAGUUUAAUAACCUGCUUGGGUGUACUUGCCAAGCUAGAAUUCUUUAAUGCAUUUGCAUAAAUUCUAUACUACGUAGAGCUUGAAAACUACAGAAGCAUUAAUAGAAAUUGCUUGGACGCUAAAUUUUAAGCCUUUUUGACAUUGUUAGCAUGUUCAUCCUCCCCUGCCAUUAUCCUGAAGUCCAAGAGAAAUGCUUAAUGUAUAUUACUAGAGGCUACAUACGUGCUAUCUCUUUUAAUGCCAAAUGUUUGCUGUUUGUCCACAAGUUCCACAGCACCUCUUCAGAAAUGGAUUAGCUGUUUGCCUUAACAAAUACUACAGGUAAAAACAGAGUAUGAAUGAAAAGUAGAGGAGGAGUUGAUAAAUUUCAAAUGGCACAUUAUAAAAACGUUAAUCUUUUCUUAAUGCUUUUUUCUUGUUUACCACUUGAUUUCUAGGUAUAUUUUUCAUGCAAGGACAGUUUUUCAACCUAAAUGUACAGUGGUUGUGUAAAGUUUUCUUUUAGUGAACAACUUGUAAUCCUAAAUAUAUGGUAAGCAUCUUGUCUAUUGUGAAGAGGGUGUGAAAAUAAAAUCUGCCAGUUUGGAAAUCUCGAUGAAAAUCACAA